GCCAAUGAAGCUACAAGCAGAGGCUUUGCAUUAAAACCUAUAUUUCUGCAUUCUAUAUUGCAUUCCCUGGUCUAUUACUUCUCGAAAACUCAAAAUGACGGAGGAAGUCAACCCGAAAGCCUAUCCUUUGGCGGAUCAGGCGCUUACGUCGAAGAUCAUGACGCUGAUCCAGCAGGCCGUAAACUACAAACAGCUGCGCCGUGGAGCCAACGAAGCCACGAAAACGCUGAAUCGCGGUCUGUCGGAGUUCAUUGUGAUGGCAGCCGACGCCGAACCAAUCGAAAUCAUUCUCCACCUUCCUCUGUUGUGUGAAGAUAAAAAUGUUCCGUAUGUCUUUGUGCGCUCCAAGCAGGCCCUGGGCCGUGCCUGUGGCGUUUCGCGUCCCAUCGUAGCUUGCUCAGUUACGAUCGACGAGGGCUCGCAACUGAAAUCGCAGAUCGUAUCGAUCCAGCAGGAAAUCGAAAGAUUGCUCGUCUAGAAAGAGGAGCGACGACAAGUGCUGGUUUACCAAGUACAAAAUGUAUUCCGACGCACUUCCUGCUAAGGGUUGAUGUACGGGGACUAUUAUUGCUAGAUUUGUUUUACGAAUAAAACGGUUCGUAUGAU